AUGACAGACACCGCGGAGAAUCUCACCCAUCUCAACGAAGCAAUUCGUCGAGUAACACCGCCAGUCCUGGUAUCUCUGCUCAGGGCAAUUUGUGAGACAAAUCCAUCUGCCAGGGCUCUGGUGAAGGACCGGCUUUUCGUGGACGAAGCUGCAGUUCCCCAACCAGGAACCCCGCCCAAGAUCCCCUCCGAUUUCCAGGACAGCGAGGACAGUGAUGCUAGCGACGACAAGGCGAAAGAGGAUGCUAAACCGCCCUCGGCGACUACCGGUCCCAAACGAUUGAGAACGCGUUAUGCUUGGUGUAAGAAUUGCGAAGAGGAGUAUGACAUUACUGCAAAUACCGCGACGAGCUGUUCCUACCAUCCAGAUGACUAUCCCGAGCCGGAUGAAGACAUGUUUGUUGACCAUGAUGUGGAUUGUCAUGGGCCGAUUGAUACUGAGGACAAUCGGAGCAUGUAUCCCGAGUCUUUUAUUUACUCCUGUUGUGAUCGCCAUGGGGACGAAGAGCCCUGUGUUACGGAUUGGCAUAGGGAGCGUCAGUAUAAGGGCUCGAAGAGGCAGAAGUAUUAG